AUGUGCGGAUGUUGGCCUUUUUCGAAGGCACACUACGACAACGAGGAUCCACCGCUUGUAUAUCGCUUCGGCUGGGACGGCCAGAGGUACGCUGUGGACAUUAAUGAGUCUCGCCGUGGUCCACUCUUCAGACCUCUUCCUCUUCACAUUCCUUUGGUCAAGUUCACCUUUUACCCAUUCACAAAGGACUGGAAUGAAGUGAGCAGUGCCAUCUCAUCCAAGCCCUGCAUCCACCAAGGAGAUUCAUCUCCUGGCAUCUGGUCUCUUCCUCUGGAUCUUCGAGUUCGCUAUAUCCGUCGAAACAACCACGACCUCGAUAUUCGGAAAAAAGAAACCAACGUCGACUUUAGUCUUCAUAUCGAGCCUAUCAAACCCACCAUGAAGUCUCCCAAAACCAAGUCGGCUGCCAACAACACCGGCCCGCGGCAGGUGCGCUUCAAGGAGGACAGCGGCAAUCCCGGAACCUCUUUCCCUGUUACCCAGGGAACCAGCACCUCGACCGCUCCUGCCUUCAACACCCACGAAGACGACGCAGGCGAGGGCAGCGGUGUUUUUGUCCACACCUCGACCAAUCCCUCUGCCUCAGUCAACUUAGGCAGCCACUUUCCUCUUGCACCCUUCGGCCAGGCGGCUAACCCAUACCUCAACCCAUUCAUACCCUCCACCUCUCAUCCAGCCUACAUCACCGAGACCAACUCGUUCGCGCCUUUCGGCAAAUUCAAUCCGUACGGACUUUCCGCGCCUCCCUACGUCAACAUGGCCGAUUACCAGAACGUCGCUCCGCCCGCUGGUGGUCUUCACUUCCAGCCGCCGGUCCCGGACACCACCUACGGCCCUAUGCAGCACGUCUAUGUGCCUCGCUUCGACAAUGGAAUGCCUCCUGUCUAUCACGUCGGUCUCCCUCAUGCUCAGCCCCCUGCCAACAACGUCACCUACAUUGGCCAGGCUCCCUUUCAGCCUCCCAUCCUCAUGACCCAGCAGCCUCCCAUGCACGCCGGUAUGGGCAUGCAGGCCCCGGUCAUGCUUCAAGCCCCUCCUGCCGGAUUCAGAGGCCCUCCCAUGUUCCAGGGUCCCCAAAUGGGUAUGAACAUUCCUCCUCACAUGGGUGGCGGUGGAGCGCCCAUCUUCGCAGGUAAUGCCAACCUUCCUCCGGACGUCACUGGAUUUGGCAAGACCGCAGGAGAGGUCGCCAUGGAGCAAGCUCAGUUUGCCUAUGCCAACGGUCUCUUCGAGCCCCAGGACUUCAAGCCUGCGGACGAUGACCCAUCCCGCUACUAUCCCGUUCGAGAGGUUGACGGUAAUUGGACCCAGCGCAAUCGUUUUACUAUUGACAACCUUGGCGAUUGUCGUUGGUAUGUCACCAACGAGGGCUACUUCUAUGCCGUCCGUUUGCCGAACUGA